GAAGGCCGCAAGAAGACCCGCAGUGGGAAGAAGAAGACGAUCUGUUCCCAGCAACGAUUUCAGACGCGCGGGCUGCUGCGAACACAACCGCCGGAUGGUAAAGUGAAAGUCUCCGGGUUACGUGGUGGGCUGCUGCUGGUCUAGGUGAUGGCAGCUGUUUCAACACUUGCCUUAACCCCUUCGAAGACAGAGUGAACCGAGAGACACGCGUUCAAGUUUUAGAUAGUUAGCGAUUUGAUCGUGCUAUUCUGGGUUGGGUUUUCCAAUACAUCUGGUUCCCGGUGUGUUCUGUUAGUUUGAAUAAGUUAUACACGGAGCGCCCCACCACGAUGACGUACAAUAUGGAUGAGCUGAAAAAGCGAUCCGUGGCGAGCACGUCGCACAAUAUCAGCAGCAAUCUCAAACCCACCGGCAAAGAUGAAAAAGCGCCCGCUUCGCCGAAACCGUCGAUCACGGAGAUUACGCGCACCCACCCGACGGCCUAUGUGAUCUUUGCUUCGCUGUUGCUGGAUUUGCUUGCGUUCACCAUGAUACUACCCUUGCUACCGUCCCUGCUCGAGUAUUAUCGCAAGAACGACAACCAGCUGUACGGCUAUCUGGCGUCCAGCAUUAAGCAGUUUCAGCUUUGGAUCGGUGCUCCGGAACGUUUCACGAGCGUGCUGUUUGGUGGUGCGCUCGGAUCGAUGUUUAGCUUCCUGCAGUUUCUCAGCAGCCCGAUCGUGGGCGCACUGUCCGAUUAUUACGGCCGGAAGCCGCUGAUGCUGCUGUGUGCGACCGGCAUUGCCGCAUCGUAUGGGCUGUGGGCUUACUCGGAAUCGUUCCUGUUGUUCGUGAUCGCCCGCUUUAUCGGUGGCAUUAGCAAAGGAAACGUUUCGCUUUGUAUGGCCGUCAUUACGGAUGUCUCGAACCAGCAGAACCGUGGCAAGGCGAUGGCACUGGUUGGGAUUGCGUUUUCGCUCGGCUUCAUCGCCGGUCCCAUGAUCGGUGCAAUGUUUGCUCGGUUCUCCGACAAGUCGGGGGUGCUUUGGUUUUUCGCCCCUGCCAUGUUCGCUAUGCUGCUGGCAGUGGCGGACAUCCUGUUUCUGGCGCUCUGUCUCAAGGAAACGCACCCGAAAGAGAAGCGAUCCCGGCAGAUCAUCAACUCGCUAUCGCAUGCGAUCGAUCAUAUCAGUAUUAGGGCGCUGUUUCGCUUUUCGGCGGUCGAGAAUCUUCCACAGAAGGAUGUUCGUUCGCUACGGCGCCUUGGCGUUACAUACUUCCUGUAUCUCUUCCUGUACUCCGGGCUGGAGUUUACCGUUACCUUUUUGAUGUAUCACAAGUUUGGCUACACUUCCAUUGACCAGGCGAAGAUGUUUCUUACGACGGGUGUGCUCAUGGCCUUUCUACAGGGUUCGGUUGUUCGCCGGUUGCCGGAGCGACUGGUGCAAAAAUCAGCAGUAUUCGGUUUAUACCUAAUCAUUCCUGCCUUCGUGAUCGUGGGUUUAGCAGAAUCCUCACCAGUGCUCUACCUAGGCAUGAUUCUAUUUGCAAUCUCGACUGCCUUUGUGGUAACUUGUAUGACGACAAUCACAUCACAGUACGGUGACUUCCACCAGAAGGGUACCGUACUUGGCGUGUUCCGCUCACUGGGAGCGCUGGCACGGGCUGUGGGACCGAUCGUUGCUUCGGUAGCCUUCUGGUGUGUUGGCGCACGUAUCACCUACAUCACCGGAGGACUGUUGCUGCUGUGGCCCGCACUCAUGAUGCAGUACUUAAAGCUGUAAAUCUGCAUUGUCUGCGGUCUGCAUUUCUUAUAGUAUUUUUUGUGUUUUCUAAACCGUAUUAUUAUCUAGAUAUUUACUGAAAGCAUGUCUACAUGUUGAUAUUGUGUACAGAAUAAGUGCUCCGAUGUUUCGAAGAUAUUUUGUUCCUUUUUAAGGAUAACACACAGUGGAAUUAUUCUUCUGAAAAUGAGAAAAUAUUAAAAUAGAAAUCGAAAUCAAAUAACAG